GCCAAUCACAAUCAGAUUUUCAACUUGAAAGGUCAUGACCUCAGUUCUGAUUCAAGAUGGCGGCGUCCAGUCAAAUCUUGAGAGUUAUGUACAGGAGGAUCCACAGUAACUACAGACAGAGCUGUAGGUUUUCCAGCCAGGUGGAAUGCAGGUUCUGGUUAUAUCGUCAACAGUCACAGUUCCAUUUCCAGCAGAAUGCUCCAGCUCUGUUACAGUACCGACACUUCCAUGACUCAGGACCUAGGGGCUCCAGAAAUGGCAGUCAACAGUCAGGGUCUAGAUCCAAGGGUUUCCGGGGUUACCUGAGGUCGCUGAAGUGGUACCCCAUCCCCCUGGCGGUGGGGUUUGCCUACAUCUCCUACCAGCAGUACGGACACAUCAGGAAGAGAGAGGACAGGAGGGUCGCUGCUGUACAGGACCCUACUGAUCUACUACUACCUGACUGGACUGUGCAAAUCUACAGGAAGCUCCCCCUCCGCCUCUUGUCCCGGCUGUGGGGCCACAUCCACAAGGCACAGCUCCCUGUUUGGAUGAGAGGGCCCCUCCUCAGGCUAUACAUCUGGUUGUUUGACUGUAAUCUCCAAGAGGCGGCUAUAGAGGACCUGUCAUACUACAGCAAUCUGAACGAGUUCUUCCGCAGGCAGCUCAAACCCUCCGUCCGAACCAUCGACCAACAACACAGUCUGGUGAGCCCCGCAGAUGGUACAGUCCUACACUUUGGCAAGGUGGAACACAACAUGUUGGAGCAAGUAAAGGGGGUGACCUACUCCCUCCAGACAUUCCUGGGACGCACCAACAACAACUGGUGGCUGUCCAAGCAGACGCUGAACAACAGCAAACCUGCCGACGAUGAGAACUACCAGCAGAUGUUACUGGAGAACCCUGAGGAGAACGAGCUGUACCACUGUACGGUGUACCUGGCGCCGGGAGACUACCACAGGUUCCACUCCCCUGCAGAGUGGGAGGUACUCCACAGGAGGCACUUUCCUGGUGAGCUGUUCUCGGUGAACCCCGGACUGGUCAGGUGUAUCCAGGGUCUGUUUAACUAUAACGAGCGGGUGGUGAUGUCAGGAAGGUGGGACCAGGGUUUCUUCUCCAUGUCAGCUGUAGGGGCCACCAAUGUGGGCUCCAUCAGGAUGUACAUGGACAGUGAGCUGCACACCAACUUGCCAGGAAAGUGGAAAGGUGGUCUCUUCUACGACCGGGUUUUCUUCAACGAGACGCAGGGUACCGGGGUGGCUGUUAAGAAGGGGGAAAUCUUCGGCGAGUUCAAUCUCGGGUCUUCCAUUGUUAUAAUCUUUGAAGCCCCAAGGACAUUCUCCUUCAAGGUCAAAGCCGGACAGAAGAUACGAUUCGGGGAAGCGUUGGGAUGUUUUGUGGAAAUGGACCAAACGAAAGGAGAGGACAAUGAAGUGACAGAGACACCAGAAGCUGUGGAUAAUGUCAAGCAUAAAGAAGAAUGACACCACUGUGCAAUAUCAUACUUUUUAUUGUGAUCCAGGGGAAGGAGGGGGUGGUAUAAGUGGGGAGGGGGGCAGGGCAGUUGAAAUAUCUCAAUAAGCUGCUACAAGGUUUGAACUGUGCAUGUGUAAGGUCAAAGGUGAUGUCCCCUAGUGUGUAAACAGUUCUUGUCUAGAGGUGUUUUAGGGGCCUUCAACUUUGCCAUUUUACCCACAAUACAUCACACUGCAUGUGCAGCUCAAACCUUGAACAGGCUUAUAGCAACAUACUUCUCCAACCAAACCUUGUUUUAGAACCAACAUUUCAUCAUAUCUGUUUGCUUUUAUGACUGAUAUAACAAACCAGCUUUGUGCAUUAUGUUUGAUUCACUCAUAUCAAAGUAAACACCAAGAUGGAAAUGAGCACACUAUAUCAGAAGGCAUCCACACGUUUUUGUCCAAGAAAAUAACAAAAGCAAAGUAGAGUAGAGUUUACAGUUAUUUCUACAUAUACACAUACAGAGGCAGUUAGCCUUGUAAUUUUUAAACUCUGGUGGGAGUCGGAUACUCCACCAAACAGAUUCCUUUGUAACAAAAUAGACCAUUGUUUUGAGUAUCACCCAUUCACAAGUUUUCACAGACAAUCAGGUCCAGGUUCAGGUUCGGACCAAGAUCUGAUCCUAUAGAGUAAUAGACCUGUACCUGAAUUUUCAGUAUGGUACCCAGCCCUAGUCAAAACAACUAUAUGGAAGACAAGUAUAUGACCAAUUUUUACUUAGAGUUGCUUUAAUUUUAUCAGAUCAGUUAUCCAACAUUCCUUCUCAAAUCAGACAUUGUAUCAAAGUGUAAAAAUGCAUGAAGAAAUGUCACCAUCUUCAAAUUCAAUCCAUUUUGAAGGGUUUUAUAAUCGAACGGAUUUUGUCUAGUAGACAGUGUCCAGAAAACAUUUUGAACACUUCUUGGACAAAGAAUAAAAGAGUUUAUUAACUCUUAAAAGGAUGCACAAAUGUCAAUACCUGUAUAUUAUUGAAAAAAAGUUUUGGGAAAAUGUUUGGCUUUUUUUAAGAAGAAAAGUGACUCAGGUAGACAUACCAACUUUUGACGAUUACUGAUAAUCUUAGGCUAAGCUUGACCAAGCAAAUAAAAAAUAAAAACUUGAAUUAUCAAGGCACUAGCACUUCAGAAUUUCAACCUCAUCAUUAAUGGUAAAUAUUUUCUCAUGCAUGACAUAAUUAGAAUACAACCAAGUGCUUCUUUACCUGCCAACAUUUUGUUAGUCAAUCUACUGUGUACCUUCCUGUGGGAUGUGCUGUAGCGCCAUCUAGUGGGGAGAAGUAGUUCCUGCAUGCAUAUAAUUUAAACCCAAAAGUUGGCAAUUUCCGUGACCCCUUCAUUAUGACACCACAAAUUGAUUAUGUAUUUUCUAUACAUUCUAAUGCACUGCAGAAUUUUUUCAACCAAUUUAAAACACUGUCAAAACCUCAUUUGCCAGUUUCCCUACUGUGAAAUUUUAUUUGAAAAACUCUUUAAAAUGAUAGCAGAUAUUUAGAUGGACUGCUGAAAUGCUGGGAGGUAAGACCUUGGUUGUGUCCUCAAAAGAAAACUCCAGUAUCCUACAAGUGUAUGUUGCCUUCCAUGCCGCAUGCUGCAUUGUGCAAUGUACUGUGUCAAAGAAAUCUUGAGUCUGUUGCCAAAUUAUACAUUCAUCAACUAUUCACAACUAUCUGACCAGUUAUAUUUCUGUAUGGCCGAAUUCUGAUGAUCUCCAAGCAGAUGUAUGGAUCAGUCUGUGUUUCUUGCAAGUUUUUGCCAGUGAAGAGGUUUAAAAAGUUGCUUUCAUGUUGGUUUUCAAGUUCAGUACAGUUGUCUGAGGACCACAAGUUGUGAGAUGGUCUAUCCAGGAAGCAAAUGUCUUCCAUGGCAAUGAAACAUAUACACCAUACUACAGUACAUCUAAUUCACCUAGAUGUACCAUUGCAGCCAGUACUAGGUACCCAAUCAGAGUAAUAAGGAUGUUUAUCUUUAUGUGUUAUUAUUUUUUGUUGGAUACAUGUAAACUGUAACGUUAAGUGUAGUGUGUUGCUACAACAAAACAUAUCAAAAGCAUUUCUGCAAUUGCCUUGAGUGGUCACUAUAGCCAGGUUUGACUGUACUCUGAAAUUGCUCAACAGCAUAUAACCUUGUUAUAGAAUUUUCUUGAAUAUUAAAUUGUUCUUUGCAUUUCUUAAUGAUACAGGUUUUCACUCUGCAAUGCACUAAGAAAGCCCAUUUUUAUAGCUCUCAUAUGUCCCAUUCCUAUUGUCAAUAAAUUUCCUACUUAAGUGGUUUGUGUAAGCCAUUGCACUUCAAGCUUGCUUUGUUUCUCUCAAAUAGUGCUGACAAAAGUAAGGAUUUGUACAUACUUAGAUGAGGCACCUGUUCACAACUGUGCACAAAAAUAAAAGCCAAAAUAUUUGAUCAAA